UAUCGUUGGGUAAUACGUAAAAUGUUCAUAAACGUAGAUUCUAAUUAAAUAACUCACCAUGUCUAUGUCAAAAACAACAAACACAUAUAAUAGGCAAAAUUGGGAAGAUGCUGAAUUUCCAAUUUUAUGUCAAACGUGCCUAGGGGAUAAUCCAUAUAUUCGAAUGACAAAAGAGAAAUAUGGUAAAGAGUGCAAAAUUUGUAUGCGACCUUUUACCGUAUUUCGAUGGUGUCCAGGUGCUAGAAUGCGUUUUAAAAAAACAGAAGUGUGUCAAACUUGUAGUCGUCUGAAAAAUGUUUGUCAAACAUGCUUACUUGAUUUGGAAUAUGGUUUACCGAUUCAAGUUAGAGAUGCUGCUUUGAAAAUUAAAGACGAUAUACCACGUUCGGAUGUAAAUAAAGAAUAUUAUGUUCAAAAUAUCGAUAGUGAAAUAAGUAAAUUAGAUGCUACAACACCAGCUGGUGCUGUUGGAAAAUCUGCUGCUGCGAGCGACUUAUUAAUGAAACUUGCUAGAACGAGUCCAUAUUAUAAAAGGAAUAGGCCGCACAUAUGUUCCUUUUGGGUUAAAGGAGAAUGUAAAAGAGGAGAGGAAUGCCCUUACCGUCAUGAAAAACCAACAGAUCCCGAUGAUCCUCUAGCUGACCAAAAUAUUAAAGAUCGUUAUUAUGGUGUUAAUGAUCCAGUAGCGGAUAAACUUAUGAGAAGGGCGGCUGCGAUGCCAAAAUUAGAUCCACCGGAAGAUAAAUUGAUAACAACGCUCUAUGUUGGAAAUCUAGGUGAAAUAUUAACCGAAAAAACAUUAAGGGAUCAUUUCUAUCAAUAUGGUGAGAUUAGAUCGGUGACAAUGGUUCCAAGGCAACAAUGUGCCUUUAUUCAGUAUACACAACGAAAUGCAGCAGAAGCAGCUGCUGAAAGAACAUUUAAUAAGUUGAUACUUGGUGGAAGGAGAUUAACUAUUAAGUGGGGACGUUCUCAGGGUCGACAAGCAAUUUCUGCGGUAGAAGGUGUCCGGGAAGUCUUAGAACCAGUACCUGGUUUGCCAGGAGCUCUUCCACCUCCUCCCGAAAAUAUCGCCAAUAAUUUCUUCAAUCUACCUGGUAUAAUACCUCCACCUAUGAUUCCUCCACCACCGAUGCCACCACCUCCAUUUAUCUUUGCUCCUCCAAUGGCACCGCCGGUUACUCCAAUUUUCCCACCAGGUACCACACCAACUGCUAUACAUUAUCCAAGUCAGGAUCCAUCUAGAAUGGGAGCUUCUCAAGGGAUUGGAAAACCUUGGCCAGAAGAGAAUUAAAUGUUAAAAUUUAUUAAGUCCUAUUAAAAAAUUUCUGUUAUAAUAUAACAGAUAAUAAAAUUAAAUCCUGUAUUUUAAGAUGUAAAAGGACGUUAUAAUUUUAUAUUAUAAUUAUUAUAAAAUAUAAUAUUUGCUAUUAAAAUU